GCCGAAGAUCCGGAGAGCAGGAAGAGGCAAGGCAACACACAACUUGAAAGAAAAAGGACGCAAAGAUGCCAUUGGCCAUCUGAUCUGUGUUGCUGAUUCAGGAUGGCGGACUCGUACUCGGUGACGUGCUCGGCGUUCACAGUUACGGUUUUCUCUUCGUUGGGAGUGCUGAUACUCGCCGUCGUUGUGCCGGUUUCAUUGCCUGGGUGGCGAGCCGCUGACCGACAUGCGUUUUUUGAGAGUGGUGGCUAUGUGGAGGUGCGUCAGGGUUAUGGGCUGCAGUUCUACACCCUCACGAUGAAGCAGGUGGGCAGCGGGGCCACCAUCCGAUGCGAGUCGCACCUUGUCGAAUGGGACCUCCCAGGCGAUGCGAGCGCACGGCAUUCGGGCCGCCAGGAACUCCAGGAGUGCUCGGGGAAGCACAACGAGAACUGCGAGUGCGUCUCGUCUUACAAGUUCCUGAUCAGACAGAGCACGGCAAAGGGCGACGACAAGGCAGCUGCUGUUUGGCGAGAUCUCAGGACGGCGGGUCUCUUUACGUACAUCGCCAUUGGCGGCGUCUUGUCCCUGCUGACGGUAGCGGGCUGUGGUUUCUGGGCUUCUGCGUCUGAGCGCCCGGUUUUCCACAAACCACCAUUUCCCGACGACGCCAUUGGGUCCGGUUUCCACACGGCGGCCUUCUGCUUUUCCAUUGUGGCCUUCGCUGUGUGGCUAACUCUCACCGACUAUGACCUGUGCUUCGACGAGGGGAACAGGAGCAUGAAUGGGGCUUCCUGUCCACUGGGUCUGCCCGCCUACUUCAUGAUCUGCGCUUCAGGCCUUUUUCUCGGUGUAGCGGUGGUUUGGCAGUGGUGGUCGGUUGCUGCCUGCCGAAGAUUGGCGACUCCCCGUGUGACAGUGUCUGCACCGUCGGGUCGGCAGUCAGCGACGCUGCCGCUGCCUGUGCAAGUGGUCGGCAAGGCCAGCAAUCCCCAGGACGACACGAUUACCGUCACGACAAGCGCAACGAUUGCUGGGAGUGUCUGACUGACUGACACCCACACACUCACCGAUCCAAGAGCCCACUCUCUCACUCACCUAGUAGUGAAUGUCGACGACUUGUUCAGGAAUGAUGCAUUCUCUUCUGCUUUUCUUCCCC